CGGGCCCUGUACUUGAGAGGAGCAGAGUGAGGGUUUGUGAAAAAGGAAAAGAGAGAGAGAAAAUGAGUGCUAGGGUUACGGGGAAGGUCAAGUGGUUCAAUGAUACCAAGGGAUUUGGAUUCAUAACCCCCGAUGAUGGCUCCGAGGAUCUCUUCGUUCACCAAUCGCAGAUUCGAUCUGACGGAUUCCGAAGCCUCGCCGAGGGGGAGUCCGUCGAGUUCGCCAUUGAGUCUGACUCCGACGGCCGCGCCAAGGCGGUCGAGGUCACCGGCCCCGACGGCUCCAGCGUUCAGGGCUCCAGGCGUGGUGGUGACGGUGGCGGCCGGAGUUACGGCGGUGGAAGAGGAGGCGGAGGCGGAGGCUACGGCGGAGGUGGCUAUGGUGGAAGAGGCGGUGGUGGCGGUGGAGGCUGUUACAACUGUGGUGAGUCUGGUCACAUGGCUAGGGACUGCUUUCAGGGAGGCAGUGGAGGCGGCGGCGGCGGUGGAGGGAGGUAUGGCGGUGGCGGUGGUGGUGGUGGAAGGUACGGUGGAGGAGGAGGCGGCGGUGGUGGUGGAAACUGCUACAGCUGUGGGGAAUCUGGGCAUUUUUCAAGGGAUUGCCCAACAAGCGCUCGUUGAAGUUUAUAAUUAGUGUUGUGUUUAUGUUUUGUGGGUUGUUUUAAGUGUAUUUGGUUUAAAUUAGUUUUUAGGGUUUCUAAUGGUCUCUGUCCAGACUAAGGGUUUUUAUAAGUGAAGGUUUUUGUGUUAUGGUUACGAUCUAAAAUCAAAAUCUGUCGUCUACAUUUUGCUACAAUGAAACUGGUGGUUUUGUUUAUCUAUCAGUUCAUGAGAUUGUGGAUUAAUUUGCUAUGGAGAUUGUGGUUAAUUAGGGGAUGAAUUUUAUUGUUUUAUUUUCAAAAUUAAUCAUUUCAAAUUUUUUAUUUCUA